AUGCUUUGGAAGGCUUUGGUGCUGCUGCUGUUCUAUUACAGUACUCAUGCCACUGUGACCCACAGAUGGAGCAGAGCUAUGCUUUUCCCAGCUGCUCAGCGAUUCAAGAGGUCCUCAGCUGCCUUCCUCAACCCAGUGUUACAAAACUCACUGGAAGAUGUGGUCCUGCUUUAUGAGUUCCUUUUAGCUGAGCUUGACAUUGACAAAAGUCAGAGGAUCUCCAUCAAAGAUGAGGAGCUGGCUUCCCUGAGGAAGGCUGCUGAGUUCAACACCAUCUGCAACGAGAUUAUCCCCAAGAGCAUUACAGAGAUCCGCAGGCUAAGCAGCAGGCUGUCUUCCUACCCAAGGGUCCUCAAGAAAGAAGACUUUGAAAGGACAGUGCUGACCAUGGUCUACACGGCCUACAGAGCUGCUCAGUCCCAGGGCCACCAGAAAGACACUUGGGCUGAAUCCUUUGUCAGUCUCUACAAAGCCCUGAAGAACGACCUGAUGCUCCCAUACAACAGACAGCCCUCAUAG